AUGGCAGAGAUGAUUGAUAGGGCAGCUUCCGCGUCCCCGGACCGAAAGUCGGAAAUGGCGACGUCCGGGCUUACGAUGGGGCCAAAGGGGACAAAGAUCAUCACCGCGCCUGAGCCAAGCCAUGCAGAUAUGUUUUAUGCCACCACCAACGGCCAGUACUGCGGGAAUUGGCACAAUGGACUGCCAGGGCACCAGUUGGGCGAUGUGCCUGCCAUCAGCGAAAUUCUGGGCGCUCGGCCCACAAUGAAGAAGCCGGUGCGGCCAAUCCAGACAACGGCCAAGUGCGUGCUGGCGAACCAGAUUGCAGAGGAGAAGAGGUCCAUGGAAGCAGACAAGGUUCUCUCAGCAGACGUCAUACCAAAGAAGUUUCCUGUGCAGGCGCAGAACUACUGCUACCCGCAGAGUGCAAAGCGAGGUGCAAACAACCCUCUCUACGCCACGAGUGCGCAAGCAUACGGCAGUGAGAUGCCAAUGGACCAUCAGGUCCCUGACCGCUACUUUCCCAGCACCAAUCAGUUCACCAAGGGAUUUGUGGACACGAAGCCUCGGUUCACAGGGCUCAGUACAGCUCCGACGCCCUCCAAAGUCUUUGCCUCAGGCUGCGCGCAGAAGCCUUGA